CGCGCGGCAGUCAGAAUGGAUUCCCACAUUCUAAAGCUAGCUAAGAAACCAAACCACGCAGAGUUAGAACAGUACCUAAAUGAACAGGGAAUUGAAAAUAUCACCACGUUGCUGCGAGACAUUCUUAAUACAAACCAAAAGUAUGGGACUAACAAUGAUACAGACCCAAUUCUCGUGUUUAGAGCUGUAUUCAUAGGUGUGUAAUUUUUCUGUCGAUGAUUUUGCUUACUAUCUACCCCUCUUUUUUAUCUCUACCUAUGGCCGUAAUUUUAUAAUAUUCCUCCUAUCCAUAGGUUCUCCAUUAAACUCGGAAAGCAUUCUGGGACGGGAAAGGAGAUUAGCGACGUUUAUGGUAGCUUUGAACUGGCUGUCAGAGCAAAUACCAGAAAAAAGUUCUCCGAUAGAUGAGAGAAUCGCGUCAAUGGCUAAUUUUCUUUUGCCGGAAAUUGACUCCUUGCCAACGGAAGCUAUUCGAGAUGUCAAUCUGUUUGUUGUUGAUGUUGUGCGCAAAGGCGAGCCUGUUCAACCAAAGUUGUUUGAUCUGUUACCAAAACUACUGGUGACCUCUGUAGAUAGAGAGGUCAUAGAGGUGGAAAUAGAGGGAAAGUUUCAGAUCCUCUCUGGAGUCGAAUAUAUGGAUUAUAUCAUCGACAAGCUAGUGUCAUGCAAAUGGCAUCCGUCCUACGCUGUCGGUAUAGCAUCGGCUUUCAAUGAAAUGGAAUGUAACUCAAAGCAACUGAAGCGUGUUACCGAAAAGUUAUUGCGACAGCUGGCGGUUCUCGAACUCAAUGAACUCCCCCCACUUGCAUACCAGUUGUUUCUCCUGUCGCGAAAGGGCGAGAAGCAACUCAUUAUUACCAAAAUUUGCAGUCACUUUCAGGAUGCAGAAGAACAAUAUAUACCUACGCCAACGAAACGGGCGAACAAGCAGGCAGUCGAUUUCAAUCGUGUGGAAGGAACAAUUAUUGUACACAUGUGCUUUGCCAUCAAGCAAGAUCAGGACCUUGGUUCAGAAUUCUUAAAGUACAUAAAACGAAACAAGAUCAGGGCUCUAACUCCCUUCACGUUGGCAUGCAUGCUGUCUAUGGCCCGGAUACAUCGCUUUGAAGACACGGUACUGGAAUUAUUAAAGUCUACUAUUAUGUCAGUCUACAAAGAUGCUGAGAAAUUAGAACAAUAUCCUUGGUUCAAAGAUGCGGAGCAACUUGGAUUGUACAAGGUGCCCAUCAAAGACAUGAUGAAUACGGUCAUUGACAAGACUACAUCUGGCUGGGACCAAGUGACGCAAAGCUUGGUGCAAUUGGCUGUACUGCUUCUUGACUCCUCGGUAUCAUUAUCGCCAUUUAAGAAAACUUCAGGAAGGACUUCUUCUGGUAAUUUGUCACCGACUGAAGAGGCCGCACGACUCGCCAUUAAUAUUCUGGCAAGGACCUUCAAGCUACAUGACAUUGUCAGACACGAAAUUAUGAAUCACAUCCUCUCUCGUAUUGUUACUCGUGCCAACAGUGUGAGCUACUUUUUAGACCUCUUAGAUCUGCUCGGAAAGGAAUGCCCAAAUAUCUUGAUGGAAUCAGAUAACAUGAGUAAAAUUCGAGAAACUCUCGACUAUUUGUCUUAUUUGCCCUUGGGUAGUGCAAAGCGUUUGAUGAGCUCACUCAACCCUAUUAUACAACGUAACAAUCGACUGAAGGAAGCUCUGAUGUUGAUCCUACGUAAAGGUCUCUUUGCAAAAGCCACCGAAGGAAGACAGAUUGCCGUCCAUGGAUUCCUUCUGCUCGUUCACUCCAUACAUGCUAAUCCCACCACCACUUCUGGAACCUCGUCGGUCAGUUCUACUGAUUCAUCAAUCUUAGAAAUUCUCGGACUCUUGAGGCGUUGCUUCAGCCAGCAGCCUGAGGUACGACUACUGGUGUAUGAGAAUCUGUCCAAGAUAUCCAUCGAACAUCCGGAAUUGGCAAGCGAUAUAUUGGCCAUGCUGCAGCUACAAUUCAAAAAAUAUUUUGUUGUAGACCAGUCGUUUGAUAAUCCAUUACAGCUGGAUAAAUGUGUCGAACAAUCCAGCUCAGGAGGCAGUGUACAUAUCGUAGAACCCAUUCACUCCUUGGUCCAAGCACUACUAAAGACUAUGGUUGCCAUGAGAUCAAGUCAUCAAGGCACAACUUCAUCUGACAUCGCCUCUUUACAAGGUCAUAUCGAUUCACUUUGUUUCCGGUUGUGCAAGGCGGAUCCAGAAGAUUUUGAGCUCGAUAAAUCAUCCAAUUACGAUAUGGUGACCAAUGUGGGAAUGCGUAAUAACUGCAGGGCACAGCUGCUACUCAGUACGUAUGAGGCUUGUAUGGAGCAUUUGAUUCAAACCUAUUCGGAUGAAAAUGCCGAAUCUAUAGCCAAACUAUUCAACAAGUUCAAAAUUCUACACGGUAUACUGAAAGAAAAGUCCACCAAUGAAAGAGGUCGAAAAUCAGCCCUUUCCAUGGCGGAAAGCUCCAUCCUCACCUUGCCUGGCAUCACCAUGAUUUCCAAUAUAUUAUUUGCGGGUGACUCCGGACCCACUGUUCUUCGCAGUAACACUGAUUUCGUAAAGUAUAUCUUGACAGUGACUCACCAUAAGCUUUCUAAGCUUACCUCACAGGAAGACCUUGAUGUAUCUACAUAUCAACACCUUGCCAGCUUGGCACACCUCUACAUGGCCGAAGUAGUGGCCAAAGUUGGUGAUAAAGAUGAUCAAACAGUGGGAGAGAAUCCAUCCAAGGCAUCGACUGAGCUCUCAUUAAGCAUAGAAUGUCUUGUGCUGCUUCCUCAACUUAUCCAUAAUCUAUAUCCUACCAAAAUGGUUCAUUUUCUGGUCAACUUGCUACAAGCUGCUCAAGCUUCUCAGAUGUCUUCCGACGUUGAUGGGGAAAUCCUAGUCAAACAUUUGAUUAUGGUUCUACAGUCCUACUCAUCGCAUGACCCUGAAAAGUCCGGCUAUGUGACAGCCGAAUCGACGUGGAUAGAAGGUUUUUGUGUAGAUCGGGCCAUCGAAGAUCAAGGCGUUGCCAAAUCUGCCCUAUCUCUUCUGAUGGCUUUUAGUGAACAGCAAGGGCAAUUCCAAAAUAUUGUACAUAUUGGUAAUGAUAUCAACGCCAUUGCUGGAGAUAUAGAUAACGACAGCGAUACACAAGCUACUCAACAACAACCAACUCAUUUCAUGAUCGUCAACAACAACACUUUUCAAAUCACCACCAGCUCAUUGUUUGCGUUCCUUGAGCAUGAAUACGAGGGUAUAGAGUGGAUUCUAAAUAGACUUCGAUUGGCUGGAGAUAUUGUUCAAGAUGGAACCAACCCAACCAGCCAUGCCCAAGACUUUGAACAGAUAGUUUGCGAAAGGAUCAAAGUGUACAUUGAUAUCCAAAUCAAACUGGCAUCGACGUAUUUGCUGGGAGCAACGGCGGAAAACUUUGUCAAAACAUUGGCUAAAUGCUACAAGGCGCUACUCGGGCUGAUCAGAUUGAAACUAGGAACGCCUUGGCAAUUAUCUCCGGAAUUUUGCCAAGUCGUGAAAAUACAAGUCAGUCAGCUCACGGAUAACAUGUACAAAUUCUUGACAUUGUAUGGUCAACGAUUUGAAGAACUUGAAGAAAGGUCAAGGGUCAAUCACAAAGGCAAAAUGAAAGCGAGUACAAACCUCAAGGAGAAGGCGAAAAUCAUUCGAGAAUCCAAACUGGUUCCCAAUUUGAUCUAUGUUGUAGAACAGUUUGAGGGAAAUUUAAUCAAGCUGUCCAAGAAGUCCAAAGUCAACUUGAUGCAAAAUAUGAAACGAAGCACAGCUCGAGACUUUCGAAUUCGCGUGGACUGUCUUCCUGUGCCAAGUUCAGAUGAGGAGGAAGUCACUGUCAAACGAGCUGCCAGUGUUGGGCCUGUUGAAGGACGAUCCCCUACGGCUGAUACGACUAGCGAUUCUGAAGACGAACGGCUAUCGACCUCGAAACGUAGGAGGAAAGCGUUGUAAACCGAAUUUUUAUGUAAAAGAAAAGAAAAAAAAAAUUACGCACUGCUCUUGCGCUGUACCACACAGUAUUUU